AUGACGGAAAUCGACGUGAAGAUGCCCCAGUUCCUGGGCAUGAGGGGCAAGACGCUCAGCCUUGUCGUCUCCAUUGUUGCCACCACCGGUUUCUUGCUCUUCGGUUACGAUCAGGGUGUCAUGUCCGGUAUCAUUGCCGCUGAGCCCUUCAACGACUACUUCCCCGAGACCAAGGACGACAAGACUUACCAGGGUUUCGUCACUGCCAUCUACGAAGUUGGCUGCUUGUUUGGUGCCGUCAUCAUGUUGAUCUACGGUGACGCUCUUGGUCGCAGAAAGGGAAUCAUGGCCGGCGCUACCAUCAUGAUUCUCGGCGUCAUCAUUCAGAUCACCGCCGUCAAGGGACACAAGGCCACCGUGCAGUUCAUCAUCGGCCGUACCAUCACCGGUGUCGGCAACGGCAUGAACACCUCGACGAUCCCCACCUACCAGGCCGAGUGCUCCAAGUCGAACAACCGUGGUCUGCUGAUCUGCAUUGAGGGCGGUAUCAUCGCUUUCGGUACUAUGAUUGCCUACUGGAUCGACUACGGCUGCAGCUACGGCUCUGAGAACCUGUCUUGGCGCUUCCCCAUUGCCUUCCAGAUCUUCUUCGGUCUGAUUGUUGUCAUCUUCAUGAUCGGUCUGCCCGAGUCGCCCCGCUGGCUGCUCAGCAAGGACCGUCCCGAGGAGGCUCUCAAGGUCAUCGCCGCUCUUCGCGGUCUUACCGUCGACGACGACGAGACUAAGCUGCAGGCUUCCAUCAUCAUGGACGGCAUCCGCGCCUCCGGCCACGCUGGUGGCAACACGUCCUACCGCGACCUGCUCACCGGCGGCAAGACCCAGCACUGCCGCCGCAUGCUCAUCGGUGCCUCGUCCCAGUUCUUCCAGCAGCUUGGCGGUUGCAACGCUGUCAUCUACUACUUCCCCAUUCUGUUCGAAGACACCAUUGGCGAGACGACCAACAUGUCGCUGCUCCUGGGUGGUGUUAACAUGAUCGUCUACUCCAUCUUCGCCACCACCUCCUGGUUCCUCAUCGAGCGCACCGGUCGCCGCAAGCUGUUCCUCAUCGGCACCGUUGGCCAGUGCUUGUCCAUGGUUCUGGUUUUCGCUUGUUUGAUUCCCGGCAACCCCCAGGAUGCCAAGGGUGCCGCUGUUGGUCUGUUCACCUACAUCGCCUUCUUCGGCGCCACCUGGCUUCCUCUGCCCUGGCUCUACCCGGCCGAAAUCUCGCCGCUUAAGACCCGUGCGAAGGCCAACGCUGUGUCGACUAUUACCAACUGGCUGUUCAACUUCUUGAUCGUCAUGGUUGUUCCCGUCAUGAUCGACAGCAUUGGCUGGGGUACCUACCUCUUCUUCGCCGUCGUCAACGCCUGCUUCUUCCCCGUCAUCUACUUGUACUACCCCGAGACUAAGAUGAGGUCUCUGGAGGAGAUUGACCUGAUCUUCGCCAAGGGCUACCUCGAGAACAUGAGCUACGUCACCGCCGCCAAGGAGCUGCCCUUCCUCUCCGACGACGAGAUCGAUGCCAAGGCCAAGGAGUACGGCUUCGUCUCGGACGAGAACAACACCAGCGGCGACGAGAACGAGAAGGCCGAGCACACCGAGAAGGAGGUCGAGAACGGCACCAACCAGGUGUAA